UGGCUGGACCAGCACCGGCCUCACUAUGCCAUUUUCAAUUUUCAGAGUCUAUUGACUGUAAUCUUGCUGCUUAUAUGUAUGUGUGCUUAUGUCCAAUCCCUGGCACCCAGCGUCCUGGACAGAAAUAAAACUGGACUAUUUGGAAUAUUUUGGAAGUGUGCCCGAAUUGGCGAACGCAAGAGUCCUUAUGUCGCCAUAUGCUGUAUAAUGAUGGCCUUCAGCAUUCUCUUCAUACAGUAGCUUUGGAAACUACCAGCAUGUGAUUGCCAUCAGACUGCACACAGGACUUGCCUCCAGAAAAUAACGGGGAGAAUGGUUACGCCUCUUGUCUCUGAACAUGGAAUGAGAUAGAUUUCGAGAUGCUGUUCUCUCUUUUUAUGCUAUUGGACCAACGAACUGUAUGAAUAAUCAAGAUGUAACGGAAAUACACAGGAACGUGAUUGUAGCCAUCGACCUCGGUUCUCUCACUCCAGUAUUACGCUCUACAAACGUCAUCCUGUUAUGCCAGGACUGCUUUUCCUAAGGUUCUCCAGGCACUAAAGUAGAAACCCAGUGAUCAGUUCCACAGGCUUGCUUCUUUGACUAGGGCUUCAAAAUAACGUCUUCACAGAGUGAUACCUUCUAGCGACUGGCCUAUUUUUAUUGAGAAAAGAAAAUGGAUCUAUUUUUGUUGUUACCGUUCUUAGGAAUUGCAUUCAUAUUUAAACCCUUUUGAUUGCUAA